AUGGCCAAUUUUCACCGUGUUUGUUCCUGGCUCGCGCAGCAAUUUUGUGAUCGGGCUGGACCGCGGAGCCAGGUCGCGAUUUGGAAUUUACGCGACGGUGGCCUUGAAGCUAUUACGAAAGUCUUUGAGGGACAGGUUCACUUGUCCAUCGCGACGCCUGCUCAGCUCAUGUCGACGGCGCUGACGGGACAAGGAAUAUUUGAACGGUGCGGACCUAUGCCGUCCCUGCGCGCGCUGGGCGUAUUGCCCCAGAAUGAUCGUAUGGUACUUGCUCUGAGUCCCGAGCACAACGUCAACUCUUUUGCCGAACUGCGAAAGAAGAGGCCACCGUUGAAGAUAGCCAUGUCCACCAACGACGGCACCAAUUUCAUCGGAUACGUGGCAAGUGAGCUCUUGAAAGCGCACGGCAUUAGUGAUGAAGAGUUCAAGUUGUGGGGAGGUGAAUACGUGACGGCGACUCGCCCAGAACAGGCCAUGGCUUUGGUCAUGGAAGGAAAAGCAGAUGCCCUACUCCAAGAAGCAAUAAUGACACCUUGGUGGGAAAGCGUGAUUGAGAAGAAGGGAUUCAUUCCUUUGGCAGCUGAGAAGGAGGCAUUAGACCGAUUCCAGCAAAACAACCCCGGAGCUGCCCGGAUGGAUGCUGGGCCCUUGCCUGCAGGAUUCUGGCCUUCUCUCAAAGAACCACUUCCAUGCCUUGACUUUUCUGAUUUCAUCGUCUUAG